GCAGACUCAAACUACCCGUAUUUAGUUGACACUAUGGGGGUCCUAACUGCUGUGGGCAAGCAAAAAGAAAUUGUUAAAGAGUCCAAAAGGACAAAGAUGAUUGUGAUUCAGUUAGAAGCGGAUGGGGUGACGUUAGAUAUAACACUGUUUGGGGAGUACGUUGACAAGAUCAAAAGCUUCUUUGGGAGACAACCAUUGGAAAAUGCGAUCAUUGUGAUUCAGUAUGCAAAGGUGAAAACGUAUCAAGGAAAUAUAAAUUUGCAGAAUGUCAUGUACGGAACGCGUCUCCUGUUAAAUCCUGAAAUAGAAGAGGUUGUUGCAUUCAGACAAAGGUAUCGAAUCAAGACAAGAGUUGUUGACACCACGGACAGUGCUACUUUCGUAGUACUUGAAAGCGUUGCAUGCUUGCUGCUCCAUAAAUCAUGUUCGGAGAUGUUGAAAUAUUCUGAGGUAUGGAUAAAUAUGUGAUUAUAACAGCUCAUCUUACACCUGUUUUAAAACCAGAUUUCAAUUCUUUGACACAUGUUGAGGUAUUCAUCGUCGUGAUUUAUUGAACUAUUUUAAACCCCGUAGUUCUUUAAAGGAAACGAUGGACAGAAUAGAAACCUGCACUAUCUCAUAAUUGGUCUCGAAUAUAUGGACAGAACAAUG